AUGCCCUUCCAUAAAAAAACCAUACUGGAGAGCAAAGAUGGAUUCGUCAAGUACCUUGGGAUCACCGUAGAUAGACAUAUGAGAUGGGAGUAUCACUGCGAACAACUAGCAAAGAAACUGCGAGGCUUAUUACAUAGAUUCAAACGUCUCAAAAAGCAACUCAAUCUGAAAUAUCUAAGGAUGGUUUAUUUUGGCUUGGUGCAGUCGCUGUUGACAUAUGGUAUUUCGGGCUGGGGGGCAGCAUAUGAUGUGCAUAUAGAAAGAUUAAAUAUCGUUCAGAAAUGUAUACUGAAGAUAAUUUGCGGUCAUAGAAUGCUGUUUCCUAGUGACGGGAUAUACAGAGUCGCACAUGUGCUGGAUUUGAGGCAACUGUAUUUCAUGAAGAUUGCAGCACUCAUAAAAAGAAGAAAAAUUGAACUUCGGCCAAUCGAUCAUAACUACUCCACUAGACACAAACUCGACCACUAUAAAGAGAGUAAAACGACGAAAACGAUAGGUCAGAGAUCGUGCACAUAUUUAGCUCCCAAAAUAUAUGGAACAAUCCCAAUUACGUUGAGAGCUUUGAGAAACCCUUGGCUGUCUUUGAAUAGUAUUUCUGUUGUGAGACUGACAGAAAUACUAGCUGAACAGUUUGAACAACAUUCAUCUGACUCCAAUUAUAACUCUGAGUUUUUUCUAUACAAAACACAAACUGAGUCUACAGAACCCUUAGUAAUAAACGAAAUCGAUAAUAAUCCCAUCAAUCUGCCAAUUGCUAUGGAUGAACUCAAGUACUCAAUAGAAGCCGGCAAAAACAGCGCACCUGGUCCAGACCAAAUUCCAACAGUAUUUCUGAAACAUCUUCCACAAUCAGCUCUACAAACUUUACUGAAUCUCUUCAAUAACAUAUGGUUGGGACAUUGUUUUGUUGAUAAAUGGAGAGAGGCUACAGUCAUACCCAUCCAGAAGUCUAGUAUUAAUAGCACCGAUCCAAAGAACUAUCGCCCAAUUUCACUAACCAACACAAUGUGCAAAGUAAUGGAAAGAAUCAAAAAUAAAAGACUCUGCAACUUCUUAGAAGUGAACGAACUUCUUACAAAACAGCAAAGCGGGUUCCGUAAACACCGAUCAACUCUAGACAAUCUUGUUCAAUUACAAACUGAAAUAUUAGACGCAUUUGCAAAUAAGCAGGAGCUUAUUGCUGUAUUUUUCGAUAUAGUCAAAGCAUUCGAUAUCACAUGGCGUCAUCGAAUCCUGAAGACAUUAAAACAAUGGAAUAUAGACGGCAACAUGUUACAUUUCAUAAAAGAAUUCAUAAGCAACCGGAUUUUUCGAGUAAAAAUUGAAAACACUUGGUCCAAUGUACAUAACCUGCAGAAUGGCUUACCACAAGGCUCAAUUCUAAGUCCAACCCUUUUUCAAGUAGCAAUUAAUGAUGCAACUCACCAAAUUAGAGCGCCUAUAACUACUACAAUAUAUGCAGACGAUUUCCUAAUUAUGUGCCGUGGUCGAAAUCCGCAUACCAGCAGCAGGCUUCUACAAACAUCUAUAAAAGAAUUAGAGGAAUGGUCUAAGACUUCUGGUUUCACUUUCUCGCCUACCAAGACUAAAGUAAUGAAAUUUACGAAGAAACAUCAGAAACCGUGCCAUCUAAAAUUAUUCAAUACCUCACUACAAAACGUAAAUCACCAUAAAUUUCUUGGAAUGAUCUUUGACACAAAAUUAACAUGGAGAGAACACAUAAAACAGCUAAAAACUGACUGUAUUAAGCGGCUAAAUAUAAUGAAAGUCCUAGCCAAUAACCAUUGGGGGGCAGACGAGAAAACACUGCUAAUCAUCUAUAGAACACUUAUCAGGUCUAAACUGGAUUAUGGAUGUAUUUUAUACGCCACGGCUUGCAACUCCUUACUGAAUAGUCUCAACACUAUACAAAAUACAGCACUACGAUUAGCUUCAGGUGCCUAUAUAACUAGCCCCUCCAAUAGCCUAUGCAGAGAAAUGUGUGAAAUGCCACUUUACCUUCGAAGACAGAUGCUCCAACUAACAUACGCUUCCAGGAUCUCGGCAGAUGAACAUAAUCCUAUCCAAAACCAAAUUUACAACGAGAAGUACGAACAACUCUACAUAGAUCAAAAUAACCUCAAAUCUCCAAUUUGUCAUCAGGUGAAUCAUGUACUGACCGAUUCAAGGUUACCACAUACUCUAAAGCAUAAGUUACCAUCACAGCCACCAUGGAUGCAUAAAAAACCUGAUACCAACACAACACUUACAUUCUAUAAAAAAAACGAUACACAUCCUCUCAUCAUCCAAGAAAAAUUUAAAGAGCUAAUAGCCGAACAUGAAAACAAGGAAAUAACAUACACUGACGCCUCCAAGUCACCUGAGGGAGUAGGAUGUGCCUUUGUUUCACAGAUAGAAACAAGAAAGUUCAAACUUCCAAUAGAAUGUUCCAUAUUCACAGCAGAACUCCUAGCGAUCUUGAAAGCACUAGAAUACAUUGAUAAACAAAACAAUACUCAUUCCGUCAUAUGCACGGAUUCGCUAAGUGCCUUACAAGCAAUUCAAGAUCUCUACUCGAAGAAUUCUAUCGUCAUUCAAAUAACAGAUGUCAUCGCUUCCUUGAAUGAUAAACACAAUAGCUGCUACCAGGGCCCCCGCAACCGCGCUACCAAGUACAAAUAUUAUAUAAAGAACAAAUGGAAAAAUAUUUGGCAACAACAAAGAACUAAAUUGGCCCUCAUUGAUCCGACGAUAUCCUGCCUAAAUCCCAUAGUACAACAUAGAAGAGACUUGGUUACUCUGAGACGACUCCGCAUCGGACACAGCCAGGUAUCCCACCAACACUUAUUGGCAAAGGAGAACGCCCCAAUAUGUACUACAUGCAACACCGAAAUUACCAUUCAGCACAUUAUCACGGAAUGCCAAAUGUACAAAAACCAGAGAACACAAUUUAAUGUGAAAGAUAUAAUAGAAGAAGCUCUCAAGAUUGACACUCCAGACAGCCUUAAUACCCUAGAUUUAUUAAAUCUAUUAAUGUAA